UGAAGAAAGGUUUAUUUACCAUAAAUAACAAUAAACAUUUUAAAUUGUUAAAUUUAUAAUAAUUAACAUUAAAUAUAAUAAUAAAUUUUUAUUUCUAAAUUUCAGAAAAACUCAUCUCAGAAAAUAAAAGGAGAUUAAAGCAUUCUUAUAGGACUAAACAUGCACGCAUGAGAUCUUUGUUAUGGGAAGGACCUGGAUAUGACUGUUCUGUAAAAGAUUAUUUUAUAGAGUUAAUAGUAGAAAAGGGAAAACUUAGAAGUAGUCCUGAAGAAAACAGAGUAAUUAAACUCGGUGAUAUAUUUGUGCAAUUACCAGAAGAAGAAGCAUUACAAAAAUUCCUUAUAAUUGGUGAUCCAGGUUAUGGAAAAACAACACUUUGCAAGAAAUUAGCUUAUGAUUGGGCAACUUCUGUCAACUAUUUGAAACAUUUUGCUUUUGUAAUUAUUGUUACAUUACGUGAUAUAAAAGAAAAAAGUAUUAAUGAUAUUAUUAUUGAAACCAUUUUUCAGACUUUAGAAAAAAUAACUAUUGAAGAAAUAAAAGAGCUGGAUCAGAACUUCCUAAUUAUUCUGGAUGGAUAUGAUGAAGUAGCAAAUAAUCAUUCAAAUAUUGUUUCAGAUUUUAUUGAAUAUGAAUAUCAAAAUAUUUCUUCAAAAAUGACCAUUGUAGUAACUAGCCGACCACGUUUUGUGCCUGAAAACAUAAAAGAAGAAAUGGAAGAACAUUUUUCCAUAAAUGGAUUUGACAAAAACGCCCAAUUAAAAUAUAUAGAAUCUGUAUUCCAAGAUAAAGAAAUAAUUCAAUAUCUUAUUAAGCAGUUAAAUCAAAAUGAAUUUCUUUUUAAUAUAGCCAAAUGUCCAUUGAUGUUACAUAUGAUAUGUUGCUUUGAAAGAGCAAACUAUAUAUCGGAACUAAAACGGUUAACAGAUUUAUAUAUAAAAAUGUUACAGUUAAUUAUGAAAAGAUCUGCAAAAAAAUAUGAUCUCAGUAAAUUGAAACAUGGUAGAUAUUUUCAUGGUGAAGCUCUUUUAAUUAAAUUAGGAGAAUUAGCAUGGAACUAUUUGCAGAAUAAUGCUGAAAUUACUUCUGAAUGUUUAAAGACAUAUUUUCCUGAUGAUAAUGAAUAUCAAGUGGUUGUUAACCUAGAUAUUUUGAUACUUUCAUCAUUUAUAAUUGAAGGAAAAGAAAUUUACAAAUAUGAUCCAUUGCAUAGGUCAUUUUUUGAGUUUCUUUCUUCAUUAUAUUUAUCUACAUUGAAGAAAUUACCAUCAAAAAUUAAAAAGAUUCCAAAUAUUAAUUAUAUAUUUUUGUCUGGUCUUUGUGAUAAUGAACCACUUCCAGCCUUUUGUAAAACAAUUCGUUUUUGUGAUAAAUAUGAAUAUAAUAUUCCAUUUUUACAAAUGAUCUAUAAUGAAAUGAAAAAGAAUGAAGAAAAUUUUAGUAAAUUUUGUUCUCCAAUUAAUGUCUUGAAGGUUAAUGUAAUAACUGACAAUGUAGAUAUACUUGAGAAAGUUAUGAAUUGUGAGAAGUUAAAAACACUGACUUUAAUUUUACCUGAAAGUUGGAAUGGACUCGAGCCAAUCAGAGAUAAAUUGAUAAAGAUUAACUUUAAUUACUGUAAUCUUCAUUGUUUUCUGUAUGCAGGAUACAGAAAUGCUAAAAAAUUUGCCUUAUGUUUUGAUAUACGUGAUUCCAUAUCAACAAUUUUAUACAUAAUAGGGAACAUACAAUGUAAACAUUUAAAAGUUUACCUUUCAGGAUUAUAUAAUAUAGAUACUAAAACUUUCCAAAAAUAUAAAAGCAUCAAAAAACAAUCGCCAGUUUCAUCUGAACUGCAGAAUGCAUUCGAUUUCAAUAAAACUGAAGCAAUAAUAAUUGAAGGAAAAAAUGGAUCAUCAUUUCUCAUUUCUUGUGAACAGUAUGAUGUUUUGCAGAAAGAAGGAUUAUUUUUACCUAUUUUUGGUGAAAAAAGAAUAGAUAUUUUAAGGAGCAGUAAUAUGUAAUUAACAGUAGUAUAGCAACAAAAUUUGAUACUUAUGACCAUUUUGUGAGGAAAAUAAAAAGCUCAUUACAUACAAAUAUGCAAUACAAGUAUAUAUACUGUAUAUUGGCAUCUGUUGAAGGAACCAUAUUGGCCAUAUCCUUGUUAUGGCCUCUGAUAAUUAAGUACUGUAGUUAUAUUGAUUUGUUCAUUGUGAAACAGAAAUUAUUGCAAAGUCUGUUGUAAAUUGUUAUUAAUGUUAUGAUUCAAAAAUUGUUUUGAAUCUUUUUGAGAUUUUAGUUGUUUAAACUUUAUGAAAGUUUAUCAUUAGUAGUGCACAAUUCUGAUAUGAAUACAUUAAUCCAGUGUUUCCCAACCCUUUUUGUGCUAUGCCCACCUAAGCCUUUAUAAAAUUCUUAUGCCCCCCUAACAUAUACAGUGGCUAUAUAGUUAACUUACACUCUGGACGAGUCCAUUUUCAAAUUGCCCCCCUUGUGGGGCAGGGCCCCACAUUGGGAAACACUGCAUUAAUUGGAUAACUGGAUAGUUUGAAUAUUCAAAAUAUUCUGAUUUCCAUCCACAUUAGAGAAAGUUCAGGAGGUACUGUACAUAAAUGUAGUAUACAAGUGAAUAAUAUGUAUGUAUAUUGACUUACAGGAAGAUGGAUAAUUUUUGUUAUCCACAUUGGAAAAAGAAGUGCUUGUUGUAUGUUUGUAUAUAUUCACAUAUAUAAGUAAAACUUAUUCUAUUUUUAUGCUUAUAU